AGCUCUUUUCAUACCCGUGAUCGUGUGCAAAAUGGGGGCCCACAGACUCCCGGCAAUUGAACCCUUGCUGAAUGGGGCGAAUUACCCCGCCAUCCUGUGCCUGGGCUGCGCUGUGCUGGUUGCCCCGAGGUCGUUGGCGGGGUUAUCUUGAGCCGAAGCUGCUUCACCUGCACUUUAUUUUCUACUCUCGUCACUGACUUUCUGUGUCCUUACAUCAUUCGAAAACAUCCUUCUUACCAACUGAGCUCAUCGUAUCUACGCAGCAUAUAGAAAGUAUCUCCUUCGCUACCUCUCCUCUCCUGUUCCUUCAAUUGGCAGCAGCAUCAACAGCUUCAAGUCGAGCACUGAACAAUCCUUCAAAAUGGCCAAACAAUCCCUCCUCCUCAUCGGUGACCUCGCCCAUAGCAAGAAAGAAUGGUCCGAAUUCUCCAGCUUCGCAACACUGAAGGAAUUUGCAGGCUCGAAAACCCGCGCGGAUUUCUUCAAAGAGCUAGAAAGUGGGAGCUAUGACGAUGUCGUCGCGUUGUACAGAAGUAAUGAAUCUACGAGUAUUACGGGACCUUUCGAUCAAGAACUCGUGAGUAAACUACCUGCGAGCUUGAAGUAUAUCUGUCACAAUGGUGCGGGAUACGACAAUAUCGACGUAGAAGCAUGCACAAACAAAAAAAUCUCCGUCUCCUCCACCCCCGUAGCAGUCAACUCCGCCACAGCCGACAUCGCCAUCUUCCUCAUGCUCGGCGCCCUCCGCCGCAUCCACUCCCCCUACACCUCCGUCCGCUCCUCCCAAUGGCGUGGAUCCUCCUUCCAACUCGGCCACGAUCCCCAGAACAAGAUCCUCGGUAUCCUCGGCAUGGGUGGCAUCGGUCGCGAAGUCGCUGCCCGAGGAAAAGCUUUCGGAAUGACCAUCUACUACCAUAAUCGCUCCCAGCUCUCCCCAGAAAUCGAAGCGUCCCUCAAUGCCAAAUACGUAUCUUUUGAAGAGCUGUUGAAGAGCGCGGAUGUCUUGAGUUUGAACUGCAGUCUAAGAAAGGAGACGGUGGGCAUUAUUGGGAAGAAGGAGUUUGCGCUGAUGAAGAAGGGGGUGGUGUUUGUCAAUACUGCGAGAGGAAAGUUGGUGGACGAGCAGGCGCUGGUGGAUGCUUUGGAGGAGGGUAAGGUGUGGAGUGCGGGAUUGGAUGUGUACGAGGAGGAGCCAAAGAUUAAUGAGGGUUUGUUGAAGAACCCAAAUGUGGUUUUGUUGCCUCAUAUCGGAACCGGAACAGUAGAGACACAGAAAAAUAUGGAAUUGCUUGUCUUGGAAAAUAUCGAAACUGCAGUCAAGAAGGGAAAGCUCAUCACACAGGUACCAGAGCAGGAGAAAAAGUGAAAAAGAUGUAUACAAGACGAUAUAUAGAGUUUAAUGACCAAUUCCUCGAUCAAGAAUUCUAUUGGUGACGGGACAAUCUCUCUGAUCUAGAGGUCUUGUAUGUAGACCUUGGAUGGCGAAGUACAUGUCUAGAAGGCCGAUCACUAUUUCAAAUGUUCCGUUCAUAAUUUCA